AUGGUCAACUGUGAUUUUUUUUUGUCCCUCUGUCUGUCUGCGCAGGCCCAGCUGCUAUCCAAAUUGCCCAUCCCUGAAGGGCAAGUGAUUACCAUUAAUCCCUCGCUGCCCGUAGAGGAGGCGGCUGAAGACUACGCCAAGAAGCUGAGAGAGGCCUUCCAAGGAGACUCCAUCCCAGUCUUCGACCUGCUCAUCCUGGGCAUCGGCCCUGAUGGUCACACCUGCUCGCUGUUCCCUGACCACCCGCUCUUGCAGGAGAAGGAGAAGAUUGUGGCCCCCAUCAGUGACUCACCAAAGCCACCACCUCAGCGUGUGACCUUCACCCUUCCUGUGCUGAAUGCAGCCCGGACUGUCAUCUUUGUGGCAACUGGAGAAGGCAAGGCAGCUGUGCUGAAGCGCAUCCUGGAAGGCCGGGAGGAGAACCCACUGCCCGCCGCCCUGGUCCAGCCACACACGGGGACGCUAUGCUGGUUCCUGGACGAGGCGGCCGCCCGCCUGCUGACCCUGCCCUUCGAGAAGCACUCUACCUUAUAGUCGCUGGGCACACCCCACGACGGGGACCACAGGCACCUGAGUGGAAGGGACCUUCCGGGGCUUGGGCUGGGCUCCGUGCUCACUGCCACACUCCUGACUGUGUUUGAGCAAAGCCACAUGCCACCUCCAGGAGACACGAGGGUCUGGUUGUGGCUCAGCCCCGGGACGGUGCCUCAGGACAGCCUGGAUAUUAAAAGAAAUGGUGGUUGCAAUCA